UCCCGCCGCCGCGGCUCCCCUGUGCCCGGGCAGCGCCGGCAGGCAGGCAGGCGGGCGGGCAGGGCUCCUCCGGGGCGGCGUUGGGCCAUGGGGCGACCCGCAGCGGUCCCGGGGAAGCCUCCGGCGCCGGAGGAGGCAGCGUGAGCCGGGCCGGCCAGGAGGCGGCAGGGCAGGCGGUAAGAAAGUCACCGGGGAGCGGCGCUCAAAAUGGGAAUCCGGAUUGCGCUGCUGCUUCUGGGGACCUUUGCGCUGGCCGAGCCCGCCAGAGGCCCACCCAGAAUUGCCGACAAAGUAAUCCACCGGCAAUCUGCAAGGUUAGGAAGAACCAUCAAACUUCUGUGUCCGGUGGAAGGCGAUCCACCGCCUCUCACUAUGUGGACGAAAGACGGGCGGACCAUCCACAGUGGCUGGAUGAGGUUCCGCGUCCUCCAACAAGGCCUGAAGAUCAAGGAGGUGGAAAGCGAGGAUGCAGGGACCUAUAUCUGCAAAGCCACCAAUGGUUUUGGCAGCACGAAUGUGAACUAUACCCUCAUUGUGAUCGAUGAUGCCAGCUCAGGAAGGGAGAGUUUGGGACCUGAAAACCCUAACAGUGACUCAGAAGAUCAUGCAGGGAAGCUCUGGGCUCGACCGAGAUUCACCCAGCCUGCAAAGAUGAGACAACGGGUGAUCGCCCGUCCGGUGGGGAGUUCGAUUCGACUAAAAUGUGUGGCCAGUGGCAACCCCCGGCCGGACAUCAGCUGGCUAAAGGACAACAAGCCCCUCACAUCACAGGAGAUUGGUGAGAACAAGAGGAAGAGAUGGACACUUAAUUUGAAGAACCUGAAGCCGGAGGACAGCGGGAAAUACACCUGCCGCGUUUUUAACAGGAUGGGCGAAAUCAACGCCACCUACAAAGUUGAAGUGAUCCAGAGGACACGAUCCAAACCCAUUCUUACCGGGACACAUCCUGUGAACACCACGGUGGACUAUGGAGGAACAACCUCAUUCCAGUGUAAGGUGAGGAGUGACGUGAAACCGGUGAUCCAGUGGCUGAAGAGAGUGGAGUAUGGCACGGAGAGCAGAUACAAUUCCACCAUCGAUGUCGGGGGGCAGAAGUUUGUGGUGCUGCCCACUGGAGAUGUUUGGUCUCGUCCGGAUGGCUCCUACCUGAACAAACUUAUGAUCGCACGCGCCAAGGAAGAAGAUGCUGGCAUGUACAUUUGCCUAGGGGCAAACACCAUGGGUUACAGCUUCCGAAGUGCAUUUCUUACUGUGUUACCAGACCCCAAGACCCCAAGUCAACCGAUGGCACCUUCUUCUGCCAGCAAUCUACCGUGGCCUGUCAUCAUUGGGAUCCCAGCUGGGGCUGUCUUCAUCUUUGGGACGAUUGUCCUCUGGCUUUGCCAAACCAAGAAGAAGCCAUGUUCUCCUCCAGCUGCAACUCCAGGACACAGGACCCAGCCUCGAGACCGGGUCUGCACAGCCCAGGUCUCCGAUAAAGACUGCUUGUCCUCCAUAAACUAUGAGGAAUAUGUAGCCCAGCAACAACACUUGCUGACCCAAGGGCCCGUCCUGGCUUCCAGCGCGGCUUCCAAAAUGUACCCAAAGAUUUAUACAGACAUCCACACUCACACCCAUUCACACGUGGAAGGCAAGGUACACCAACACCAGCACAUCCAUUAUCCGUGUUAAAAGACUGCCAUUUUAGAACGUUGUGACACGGAAGAUCAGCGGAUACUGCCAGGGCGUGGGGCAAAAUAACACAAGACAACACAACGAAACGGGGUGUCUUGUUCAGGGUGUGUUGUUACUGUGACCAGGAGUAAUGAAGGAAUUCCCAAAUGGCAAAGGCUUUCCUUUAGGAGCCCGCUUUAUCUUGGAGAAAAGCUGCUUCAGAUGCCUGCUAACCUACAGGGUCAGAAGAUGAUCCAAGCCAACCCCGUUCCUCUUCAAGCAAGCAGCACAACGCCAAAGUGCCAACGCCCAAAGGGAAGCCUUGGAGUGGCCUUACCAAGAAGAUGGAUGGAUGAGUGUGUGGGGGUUGCGUGUGUGUGUGUGUGUGUUUGUGGGGCGGUGCGUUUCAAAGUUGUGAAGCCAAGAAAGGCUGCCUUAUAGUUAGCAAUAACCAAACUCCUCAAUCUCUAGAAAGCCCUUCCUGCAAAACCAUGGAAACCUUCCCUUGCCCCCCUCCCUCCCCAAAACGAAGAACAAUAUAUGGCUCACUUUUAUAUUUAUAUUUAAUUAUGAUCAAGCUAAAUUGAUAAAUGGUGAUGAUGAACUGGAACUGCUGACUUUUUUUUAGAAUUUAGGGUCAGGGUGGCCUUCAGGGAUAUUAUGGGAUGGGGGGGGUUUCACAAAAGCCAAGAUGGAGGCCUUCAAUAGGGAUGGGCUUUGGUCUCCUGCUUGAGGCCAUCGUGUCAAUGAAGGCCAACAUCUUGGAGUUUUUGAACUCCUCUGCGUCAUCCCCCCCCCCAGCCUCGUAUUCUUCCCUUACCUGAGGUGUAAAUCCGAUUUUCAUGGAUUAUAGCAGAAAAGCCUCUUCGUGACAACACAAAUAAGCUGAAGUGUCUUGAAACAAACGGAAUUUCCUCUGUUUCUCAGGAACAAAUUUAUUUCUGUAGUACGACUUGUAGGUUGAGAGAGAGAGAGAGAGAAAGAGAGACGGAAGAGAGGAUCCAUCUUGCUAAUUUGUGCGUAUUUUACUUCAGUUCUGAGGGGAGAAACGGGGAAGAUGUGACCGUAUUAAAAUGGAGUCGAGGCAGAUUCAGUAAAAAGAAAGAAAGAAAGAAAAUAAGAACGUAAACUUUUUAAAAAAAUUUCUAUAUAGAGUUUAAGCGCAAAUCGUGUAUAUUUAAUUUAUUUUGUAAAAUGUAUAUUUUCUUGCAAAGUAAGCAUUUCUAUCCCUAUCUUUGACUGUGGUUUAUUUUAUCCCCAGAUUGCUGUGAACGGCAGGCUCUAAAAGAUGAGGAAAAUAAUUUUUAAUAGGGUCCUGUGUUUGCAGCCCAAACUAUAAUGGGGCCUGUGAUGUUAGCAUCCUUCAAGGGAUAAAACAUCUGGUGACAUCUGGAUGUGAGCUCUGCCCCUUUUAUAUUUGCAGGCAUUAUUGUGAUACAAGUACACAAAGGGAGAGCUUAAUAUCGUGUCACAGCGCAUGGUUUAUCCUUCUGAAGUCACCUCUAGGCUAUGGCUCAUCAUUUUCUAGGCAAUCCUCUUGGUUCAGCAAAAGUUGGGGUUCUUGUUUUCUUCCCCGAAGCCAUUGCUUGUUUUCUAGUGUGAUCAACAAGUAAGCAGGGCUCUGACACUGAAACAAGAGGGACUUUUAAAUGGAAUAACCCUAUGCUGGCAUAUGGCAGAACCAAAUAGGAAUGAAAAUUUCAGUGCCAAGGUAAUAACAGAUGCCAAAGGAUUUCACCCAUGAGAUUUCAGCUAUUCAAUGUUUCACACUGAAGAAUAUCAAAUUAAGAUGAAUAUCAAGAAUUCAUCUUAAUCAAGAUGAAGAAUACUAUUGUUGUAUUCUAUUGUUUUUCAUCACUGGUGCUUUUUUCGAGAGGCAGCUGGAUUUUUUUGGUUUUUCUUCAAAGACGUUUCACUUCUCAUCCAAGGAGCUUCUUCAGCUCUGGGUGAAUGGUGGGGAAUUUGAAGGAUUUAUAUUCCUUGCAGACAGCUGGUCAUUUGCAUCCUUUUUGAGGGAAGCAACCUCCAAGUGCUUCAAUGACUCGCUAAAAGAAUGCAAAUGACCAGUUGUCUGCAAGGAGUAUAAAUCCUUCCAUUCCCCACCAUCCAUUCAGAGCCGAAGAAGCUUCUCAGAUGAGAAGCGAAACGUCUUCAAAAGAAAAAACAAGGAAGUUGAGUUGCCUCUUGAAAAAGCACCUUUGGGACAACCAGGACCUGGAUGACUGAGAAUCUCUACAGACUUUCAUCACUGAGGUUUUCAAGAAGAGACUGGACAACCGCUUAUCUGCAAUUGUAUAGGAUCUCCUCCCUUAAGCAGGGGGCUGGACUAGAAGGCCUCCAAGGUCCCUUCAAGCCUAAUGUUUUAUGUUCCAUGACUGCAGAUACUAUGUUUUUCAAAAUCUACUCCUACUUUGUUGGAGAAACCUAAAUUUUAUGGUGUAUGAGGAAUACAACAUCCAUUAAAUUAAAUGCUGCUGUGUAGAAUUCCUACCUGAUAGAUAUGCAAGGAGGCAAAAAAUGCCAUCCAAUUCUCAUCUCUUUCCAAGUAGCACUUCAACUGCCUUUUCAGAAGUAUUUUAUUGCUGGGGAAAUAGGAUUUCCUCCAGAUGGCAUUUCAAUUUGGGGUCUGCUUUUAAGCGGUUUUCUGAGAGUCUUUUACAAUCCUAGCGCUGGAGAACUUUAUUCCAGUCCAGAAGCGCAGGGCAGUGGAUUAUGGGUUGUGAUCAAAGUAUUUUGCAUAUACGCCUCCUGAAAGUCUUUUAGGCUAUUAGGGUUGACAACUUAAAGUUCAUAUGGGAAAAGCACAAUUUUUCUUGCUCUGUUAAUCACUGUGUUGGUUUAGAAAGCACCAAAACAUGGGAGAACAGAGAUGCACCCAGAUGUUCAUAACAAGGUCAGAAAUAUAAGAAUAAAUGAGCAUUAAAUUGUUAGCUGUUCAGAGCAAUCCACUAAAAGUAAUGAAAGUAACAACUAUGCAAUUUUUGUUAACGUCUACGGAACCCUGAUGAAGGUGUGGCUGGUUGAUGGAAUAAUAAAUAAAUUUUAUUCACACACUGC